GUUGCUCAGUUAGCCACCGUCCGCCGCUGGGUUCGCACGUUGCGUCAAGAAGAAACACUCCCGGAUUGAGUGACCCGGGUUUUAUCGGGAACCCAUUGACCAUUGGUUAUUGUUCUGGAACCCCUCGAGGAGGAACUAAUGCCAGCGAAUGCCAACACGUCUGGCCAAUUUCGGGCAAUUGGAACGUGAUUUAUGUGGGGCAACCGAGCGCGGUUCCGACUCCGAUUCCGAUUCCAAGUGGCGGCCCCCCCGCAUAGAGCUGGGGAUCUGGGAUCCGCACGAGUGUCGCUGGUCAGUGUCCAACGGAACCCAGCCAAUGCCGGUUUGAUAAGCCCCUCGAAAGUGAUUGAUAAGAGCGCGGGUAGAGGCGCCAAGUCGUAAAUGAAGUGAGCCAAAAGCUGAAACUGAAAUUGAAUAAACAAAUAGAAAACGCCCGAUAAUAAUUAGUGUACAAUCAACCGGAUAAAAGGCAGCAAAAUGGCAAAGCGUGCUAGCUUAACCCAUGACAGCCCGUCGCUGGAACUGGAGUUGCCGCUGCUGGCGCCGCAGGAGCGGAGUUCGCGGAGCAGGAGCGGGCCAAUUCCUUUGUGCAUCAUGCACGACACCGGCAAGCCGUCCCCCACCGCAACCACCAGCCCCACCAUCCCGCCCAGCAAGAUGGCAGCAACGCCCCAGUCACCAGCUGGUCUGGAUCCCCAGGCUCCAACGGAUGAUGAGGAUGAGACCGAUGUGAUCGGCGAUCUAAUGGGUCACUAUGGCAAAUGGCAGCUGCUAAUGACCGUGCUGCUGUCACUCUUCCAGGUGCCCAACACCUUUCACAUAUCCUCGUCCAUUUACCAGGCGGCCAACAAGGACUUCUGGUGCCAGCGGCCGGAGGAGCUGCAGCAGCUUCCAGUUGAUGUCUGGCGCAAUCUCACCGGCUCCAUUGACAACUGCCACCGCUGGGAGGGCAUCGACUGGAGUCAGGUGGGCAAUGGCACGGCGAUGCCCACAGAGUGGAAGAAACCACCAGAUGGGGAUAGACAGUUGGUGGCCUGCGAGAAAUGGGAGUACGAGACGCAUGACAAUGUGGGCAACACCUGGACAUCGGAGUGGGAUCUGGUGUGCGACAAGGAGCACCUGAAGAACGUCGCUGAAAUGUUCUUCUUGCUCGGCGUGGCAACAGGUGGCAUCCUCUCUGGCUAUUUAUCGGACAAGUUUGGGCGCAAGAAAAUGCUCUUCAUAUCGGCCGUGCUGCAGACCUUAUUCGGCCUCUGGCUGUACAUCUGCAGUUCCUUUGAGCUCUACUUGACGCUCCGCGCCCUGCUGGGUUUGGUAUCCGUAUCGGUCACCUACUCGGGACUGAUCCUGGCCAUCGAGUAUGUGGACGGCAAGUGGCGGACCCUUGCCGGAAUGUAUAACCUGUUUCCACUGCCAAUCUCGUACAUGAUCAUCUCGGGCCUGGCCUAUCUCACCCAGGACUACCAGCGUCUGCAGCUGUGCAUCGGGGUUCCCGGCAUUUUCCUCUGCUUUCUCUGGUUUGUGGUACCGGAAUCGCCACGUUGGCUACUGGUCAAGGGUCGGCUCGAUGAGGUGCGACGGAUUAUCGAGGCGGCCGCCAAGUUCAAUGGACGCCAGCUGCCUCCCGACUAUCAGCUGUCGCCGCCGACACAGGAGAGCAGCUCGCAGGAUGUCACUUACCUGUUCCGCUCCAGCUACCUGCGCCGCAUCUCCAUUUGCUUUUUCUGCAUCUGGUUCACCAUGAAUCUGGUCUACUAUGGCAUCAUUCUCAAUAUGAGCUCCUUUGGCGGCAAUGUCUACUUGAAUUCGGCGCUAGCUGGCCUAGUCGAAAUACCCGCCAUCGCCGUGGCCAUGUACAUCAUCACCAAGGUGGGCAAGAAGUGGCUCUUUUGCGCCACUUUGAUCUGUACGGGCGUCGCCUGCUGCUGCGCGGCAAUUACCGAGGGACAGCCGGAAUUGCUCUGGCUAAAGAUCACAUUCCUGAUGAUAAGCAAGUUCACCAUCAGUGCGGGCAAUACCAUAAUGCCGGUGUACACGGCGGAGCUCUAUCCAACACCCAUACGCAACGUGGGCGUGGGUGCCUGCAAUGUGGCCGCCGGUCUGGCCCUGAUCCUUACACCCUACCUAUCGCUGCUCAACAAGAUCGAGGGCCACUUGCUGAUGAGCCUGCUGACCGCCUGGAGCAUCUUUGGCGGCGUCGUUGUCCUCUUCCUGCCGGAGACCGCUGUGCGCUCGAAAGCGUCCUCCAACCAGGGUGCCGCCAAUACACAUAAUGCCCAUGGAAAUGCCAGUGCUGCCAAGCAGGUGUAAUGACCGCUGAUGCUCAAAAUAAGCCCCUUCACCUGCUCAGCGCCCCACCCGAAGGAAGAGUGUACCUUGGCUGGUCCAAAAGUACACCGAAGAUGAGCUGCCUCUGACCCUCCACCCUGACCCAAGCCCCAGCCAGCCCCACCUGCUGCAUCUGCUGCUGCACUUGCUCACCUGCCCACCUGCCACGCCCCGAAGCCACCUGCAAUUAACGGUAAUCGAUCCAAUGAAAGUCCAAGAGUAAUGCCAAUUCGCUAGAGAAUGUCGUACAUAUGUCAGGCAGGACCUUGUUUGCGUAGCAUGUAGUGAGUAUGUAUCUUAACAAUUAACUAACAACCAUGGCUUGUAGCUUAUGUCAUAGUCUAAGUAAACACACUGAUCAGUGAUCACUGAUCAAUACCAGAAACCCUCGAAAUAGCUUAAGUUCUUCGGUUACUAUCCGGAGGUAAGAAACUAAACACAGAACUUAGGGAGGAAUUGUAUAAUUGAUGUUUAUAUAUUUGUAUCUAUGCUUUUAUCGUAUUUAAAUAGUUCAAUCUUUAUCAAAUCACAAACAUUUUUAUUUUCUAAUUACCAGAAAUUUAAUUACC